AUGCCUUCCCAAUUCCCUUCCAAAAAGUGUGGUGUUCUUGGUUGCACUGGUUCCGUGGGCCAGCGGUUCAUAUUACUUCUUGCACAGCAUCCCCAAUUUACUAUCCAUGCUCUAGGAGCCUCAUCGCGGUCUGCGGGCAAGAAAUAUAAAGAUGCUGUGAAAUGGAAGCAAGCAUCGCCGAUGGGCAACCAUGUGGCGGAACUGGUUGUCAAGGAGUGCAAAGCUAGCGAAUUCGCGGAUUGUGACAUUGUGUUCAGUGGAUUAGAUGCGGAGGUCGCUGGUGAUAUCGAGAUGGAGUUCCUCAAGGCUGAAUUGGCCGUAUUUUCGAACGCGAAAAACUAUCGCAAAGAUCCACUCGUCCCCCUCGUCGUACCUACGGUCAAUCUAUCUCACUUUGACGUCAUACCCCACCAGCGGAAACAAUAUGGCCUGAAGAAGGGCUUCCUGGUUUGCAACUCGAAUUGUGCUGUUAUUGGAAUUGUUAUUCCCUUUGCUGCCAUACAGAAGGAGUUUGGAGAAGUAGACCAAGUAAGCGUAGUUACGCUGCAGGCUGUUUCUGGUGCUGGGUAUCCUGGAGUCAGCAGUAUGGAUAUUCUGGAUAAUGUUGUUCCCUUCAUAUCAGGAGAGGAAGACAAGCUGGAGACCGAGGCGCAGAAGAUUCUAGGAACGGUCAACAGCGAGGUCUCUGGGUUUCACAAUCAGUCCGACUUGAAAAUAUCCGCGGCUUGCAAUAGGGUGCCGGUCCUGGAUGGCCAUACUGCCUGUGUUUCUUUGAGAUUCAAAAACAGGAACGGUCCUAAGCCUUCCGCAGAAGCUGUCAAGAAGGCUCUUAGCAGUUAUGUGAGCGAAGCACAGACAUUGGGAUGUCCUUCAGCCCCGGAGCCUUCUAUAUUGGUGAUGGAAGAACCUGAUAGACCGCAGCCACGACUCGACAGGAAUACUCAAAAUGGGUAUACUGUGAGCGUUGGGCGGGUGAGAGAGGAUGAGAGUGGAAUAUUCGAUUUAAAAUUCGUUGCUUUGAGUCACAAUACUGUUAUUGGAGCUGCUGGAUCUUCGAUAUUGAAUGCGGAGGCUGCAGUACUCAAGGGGUAUAUUUAA